GUACAAUUCAUUAUUAUCCACAGAAAAAGUAAAAUUAUACCGGAAAAAACCACCGGCGAUGGGUGCAACCACCGUGAACGGCGGCGGUUCAGAAUCGACAUCACUGUUAACUCCUUCAAAUCCUAAAAUUCCGAAAGACACGUUCCAUAUAGCUUACAUAAUCUACUUUACUCUCGGUGCCGGUUAUCUCCUCCCAUGGAAUGCAUUCAUCACCGCCGUCGAUUACUUCACUUACCUAUACCCGGACGUUAUGGUAGAUCGUAUCUUCGCCAUUGUUUACAUGGUCGUUGGAUUGAUUUGUUUGCUCUUGAUUGUUGCCUUUUCUAAUAAGACUAGUGCUUUUGUGAGGAUUAAUGUUGGAAUGUUUUUAUUUGUGGUUGCGCUUGUUGCGGUGCCGUUGAUGGAUGUGUUUUAUGUGGAUGGGAGAGUUGGAGUGUAUGCUGGUUUUGGUGUUACUGUUGGUUUGGUUGGAAUUUGUGGAUUUGCUGAUGCGUUGGUUCAGGGUGGAGUUAUUGGAGCUGCCGGAGAGUUGCCGGAUCGGUAUAUGCAGGCUACUGUCGCCGGAACUGCUUUUUCUGGUGUCCUUGUUUCGUUGCUAAGAAUAUUAACCAAAUCUGUAUAUCCACAAGAUGCUAAUGGGCUGAGAAAGAGUGCAAACCUUUAUUUUAUUUUCAGCAUCGCUGUGAUGGUUUUGUGCAUAGUCUUUUACAAUGUUGCACAUAGGCUUCCAGUAAUUAAGUACUACAAUGAUCUCAAAAUUCAGGCAGUGAACGAGGAGAGAGAGGAUAAGGGUGACUUAACUCCGGAAUUAUGGAGAUCAACUCUGGACAUUGUUGGGACUGUGAAAUGGUAUGGUUUUGGCAUCAUCAGUCUUUAUGUGGUCACCUUGUCUAUAUUUCCAGGAUAUAUCACAGAAGACGUGCAUUCUCAACUUCUGACGGAUUGGUAUCCGAUCUUGUUGAUUACCGGCUACAAUGUGUUUGAUCUGGUCGGGAAGUCUCUGACUCCUGUAUUAUUUCUUGAUAAUGCCAAGGUUGCUAUUGGUGCCUGCUUCGCAAGGCUGUUGUUUUUGCCUCUAUUCUACGCUUGCUUACAUGGGCCUAAAUUCUUUAGGACGGAGCUUCCUGUCACAAUACUAACCUGUCUACUGGGAUUAACUAACGGCUACCUGACUAGUUUGUUAUUGAUCUUGGGUCCAAAAACUGUCCAACUGCAACAUGCAGAGAUUGCUGGGACCUUACUCGUUUUGUUCUUGGUGAUGGGUCUGGCAAUUGGUUCCAUUGUAUCAUGGUUCUGGAUUAUAUAGUUUCUCAGCAGCUUGUAAGAUAUCAGUUCCCCUUAAACCAAUUGCUACUCGAAAACUGUGAAAACUUCUUUAUUCAUGCCAUUUCAAAUGUUUAUCCCCUGACAAGUUGUAACUUAUAAACCGUUGACUCGAAUUGUUAAUGUAU